CCUGAGUCACUCUGACAAGCUGUUUGUGUACUGUACAGAUCAGCUGUCAGAGUUUUGUCUCAUCCUCAGCCGCCAGCUCCACUGACACCGUCAGGAUGGCACAGCAGGAGUGGAAAAGCAUCUUCCAGAACAAAGCAGAUAGCCUUCCACAGGGAGACUCCUGGAGUCUGGAGUUUGAUGACAGAAUUGUGCCUAACAGCCCAGACCCGGGCUGGGUGCAGUACAUCAGGAACACAAGUGCAAGGUUCAAAUGCACCAAGUGUGGCAGAGCCUGGCCUUCCAACUGGGUGAAGGUGGUCUUCCAUAUGCGCCUGACACACGGGCAGGGCCAGGUCAAGGUGAGGCGCUUCCGUCAGAACUGCAAGAUGUGCGCAGCAGCUCCCAAGGAGGAGCCCAGCAUCACCUCCGAGAACAUCGACAUCCUUCUGGAGAAUCUGGUGGACAAGAUAAGAAUUAAAUGCUACCACGAAGACCUGGGCAGAGGGAACAGACCGUUUGUGAACCUGGACGUCAGAAGUCCCCAUGAGCCUGCUCAUUGUGAGGCCUGUUCUCACGGCAUCUGUACAAGGAAUUGAGCUUGUGUUGCUUUUAAGUCAGACUUAUGUUAAUUUAAAAUAUAUAUAUAUUUUACUCUGAGAAACUCAAGAGUUUUAAUGAUGUCUUAUGCUGAAGCUCAUAUUAACAAAGCAUCAAUCCUAUUAGACUUUCUCUCUUGUCACUCUGUUGCAUUACCCACUCUAUCAUAUCUAAAGCUUUCAUUUCUAUUCUUAUUGACAGUCAGUUUCCUUUAACAUAUUUAUUUGUCUGUUCAAAUGCAUUAAACAAACAGAAAUAUCAGAUAAAUGAAGCUUUUAC